AUGUUUGAAGACAGCGCAGAUGCAGCCUCCGGCGCUACGAAGGGAUCAGAUGUUAAAUACUCUAACAGGCAGGAACAACCGAAUGCGGCUAUUGAAUGUUCAACAAUACCCAGAAGAGUUGAAUUAAGCCCCUCGCGAGCUUUACAACGAAACAACUGGCACAAAGUGAAGAUGGGAGCUCACCUAAAAAUAAAAUAUGAAUAUUUAAUGGCUUUUCCGAACUCCGACGAG